CUUGAAUGCCCGGCAGCAUUGCCAGUGUUAUUUGCCUAUCACACGCUGAGUGCGACCCCGGCAUCACAUCUUUAUUUUCUCCGCAAAUAUUCCAUUCGGAUGCAGGAUCAUGUUAACAUGAGCUGGUAAAAGAGAUCAUAUGUACAUGUUACGGGUUUAUCUUCCCCAUCACCGAUGCACUUGGUUAAGCCAAAAAAAACGCCGUUGAUUGAAAUGUGUGACUAUGGAUUUCGGCAUUCUGCUCCUUAAACUGUGAAAUUUACGUACAGCUGGGUUUUAUCGGAUUUUCAGACACGUUGACAGUGGUGACAAUUAUUGCGCUAUCGGACUUUUUGAUUUAUUUUUUAUAUCCGUUAAAUCUCUUUUAAUUUGACGCCGAUAGAAUCAACGAGUGAAGCCAGCGGGAUUUAUUGAACAUUUAUUUUGCUAACGGAUUUUGCAGUUAUUUUUUUAUAUACAGUCUAACUUCUUUUGACCUGGGUGCCGAUUAAAUAAACGAACGAAUCGAGCGGGAUUUAAUUUUAUUUUAUAUACGCGCCGAAUUUCGUUCUGAAACCGUUGACAAAUAAACGAGCGAGGCGAGGAGGAAUUAUAUUUAUUUUUUUUACGGAUUAUAUCAUGGCGAAGAUGCCGGAGAAUGUUGGUAUUUAUUCGGGAUUUUCUGCGCGUUGUCUAAUCCGCACAUGAGGCUGAAUCAUCAUCCUCCGUCCGCCGCAGCACGCUAUCCAUCAGCGCGGAUGCCGGGUGGUUGAAUGAUCAUGUACAGCGGCGAUGCUCAGCGUUGUCCUCAUCCUCCUCCGCAUCGGCGUCUUCAUGGUGGUGCCGACGACCAGCACCCCGCUGGACGUCCACCUGGUGACCCUGGGCUACAUGACCCCGGCCAAUACCUUCGCCUCCAACGCCUACAUCGGUCCGGCCAUCGAUUACGCCGUGAAAAACAUGAACCAUCCAAUGAAGUAUGCCCAGACGCUGCGUGUCGACAAUACGUAUUUGACCGAUAGUAACUAUUCGAGUUGUGCGGCACUGGGGCUGCAUGCCGAUGAUAUCGUCGGGCGGUGGUAUUAUAAUCUUAAUCGGACGAAGGACGCCGUUUACGUCCUUAUUGCUCCCGCGUGCCUGGAAGACAGUACGGUCAACUAUAUGGCGGCCAAUUGGGAUCUCUUGCUGAUUUCCACCGUAUCAGCUUCGUAUAAAAUCCGCGACCGGGAGCGCAACCCGACGUGGAUCUCCACGGCGUACGUGUCCAGCUCGCAGUACGGGGAAUUCUAUGAUCAGCUGCUGGCGCAGUACCACUGGACGUCGGUGGUCAUCCUGGUGGAUGUGGCCGGGUUGCCGUCGCAACUAUCCCUGGCCUACUCCGUUCAGCGGAUCAUUGAACAGACCCCCGGGCGGUUGGUGGUGCGGCAAAACGUCAGUUCGCGCCGCGGUAUCGACUUCGAACGGGAAUUGAUGGAGUUCAGCUGGCGCAGUCGAAUUAUGCUGGUCUUCAUGCAUCCGGUUUAUUUACGCCAGCUCCUUAUACAAGCGUCUAGACUCAAUAUGACCAAUGGCGAUUACGUGUAUGUGGCAGUGGAGAUCUUCCAAAACCGAUUAUUCGGCAAUACAUCGUGGCAGUAUUAUGACGGGAACGACGCAGUGGCACGCGAGGCCUUCCGCUCCCUCCUCGUCUUUCAGCCGGCACACAGCUCCGACGGGCUUCCGCAUGUCCUCGACGAACUACUGCCCCUAGCGCGUAAUCUCUCCAUUAAAUUUCAUCGUCGAUCCCGGGAGGUAUACAAUUACAAUUAUCCUCUUUCCGAUCAGCCCUUUAGCAGUAUCGCUGCCAGUUACUCAGCUGUUGCCGCUGUAUGCCAGAUUCUGGAUCAGUUGGUGUUUUUCAAUUAUCCGGAGGACGGGUUUGAUGUCACCAGCGGAAAGGCACUGGCCAUUCAGUUUAUCAAUCAGUCAUUCAUCGAUGAGACCAACAUUCCAUUCUACAUUGACGGUAAAGGUGAACGGCGCAUGGAUUUAAUGGUGACAUUCCUCAAUGCCAGCGGCCAACGUGAGGCGUUCCUGUACAUGACCGCGGAAAACGGUACCUUGAUAGAGCUGCGUGAUCCCAGCUGGCCGCGUUCAUGGCCACCGCCCAACGUACCAGAAUGCGGAUAUCGCAACGAAAACGUGAUCAAUCCUAACUGUCUACCGCCAGUGGACAAGCGGUGGAUUUAUGGGACGGUCUUCGGAACGAUAACCGGUGUCCUGAUACUGGGAUGGAUCAUUCUGCGACGAAUUAGGCGUAUUAAGGAGAAGGAAGAGGAGCUGAAGCUGUUCGAUCCCUGGUGGCAGAUCAACAGCGAACUCAUCCGGCCGCUCGCCGUACCCGGCACCAGUCAGUCACAGCAACCGAAGACGCUCAAUACCAAAUUCAAAAUCCCGGCUGUCGCUGUCUAUGAUGAUCGAGCGGUACAGUUGAACUCCAUCGCCAUAUCCAAUCGCUACAUUUAUACGUCGGAGAUUACCACGCAUCGGCAUCUGCUGUUGCUGUUCAAACGGUUAAGGAAAGUACAGCAUACGGGUAUAUGCCGUUUCAUCGGGCUGACCAUUCUGGAGAACAACUUCGAGCAGCACAUCACCGUCAUCGCCGAGUACGCAUCCAAAGCAUCCCUCUACGAAGUCUUCGACUCCUACGGGGAACUGGAUCUAGGCGUGCGCAGUACGUUUGCCCGCGAUUACCUCGAUGCGCUGGAGUACAUCCACAACUCCAGUAUAAUGUAUCACGGCCGGUUAAGUACCUUCCGGCUGCACGUGGAUAAGUUCUUCUCGGUGAAGAUCAUCCACCUGGCCUAUGAGCGUAUCCAACGCGGGCUGGAUCCGCGCUAUUUUAAGAUGCGCAAAUAUGACUGUGAUGAAUGGGAACCGGCGUACUGGGCGGCACCCGAGUUUUUCACCUCCAACAUUGUCUCGGGAAGAAAACGGGAUAUUUAUUCCACCGGAUUUAUUUUGUUUGAGAUUAUCACGCAGGAGCGACUCUAUAAACGGCUGCUGUACUUGGAUCCUUCAGAUUUGGAUUUUGGCGAGCACAAUCCUCUGCAGCAGACGGCGAACUUUAAUCUUUUGCCGAAGCCUUUCAAACCCAUGGUCCCGGCACUGCAGUCCUGCUGGAACGCCAAUCCCGACCUGCGUCCAUCCAUUGCUCAACUGAAAAGCUACUUUAACGAGUUCUCGGCCGGCCCGUCGGGCGCACGGAAGAUCGCCGGUGAACAGGUCAUGGAUAAGCUCAUACAGCGACUGCAGGAUUACACGGAGGAACUGCAGAAUGAUAUUAAUCAGAAGGCGCUGCAACUAGAGCAGCAGGUGGAGAAGUAUUACGAGAUCCUGUCCUACAAACUACCCGCAUAUAUUGUCACUCGAAUACGAGCGGGAGAAAAUCCUUUAAAAGACGCGGAACGCAUGGAUAGCGUGUCGGUACUGCUAACCUCCAUGGAGGGGCUCGGUGCCUUUAUAGAGCAAAACAGCCCCGCCGACACCACCGUCGUUAUAAAUGACGUCGAGGCCAUCCUGGAGGAUCUGAUCAGUAAAUUCCAUGUGUCCCGCAUUGCCACACUCUCCGACUACAACGCCUUUGUCUCGGGUAUGUCGCCCACAACCAACGCACUGGACAACGCCCGCGAGAUCUGUGCCUUCGCCUUAACCGUACAGUCGACAGUCCGGGAGACGUUUGCGGCUAAACAAAUUCCGGUCUUUCUUAAAAUGGCCAUUAACACAGGUUCAUGCACAAUUGUGAUUACCGGGAAAGGCAUGAAACUCCAGUACAGACUUCUGGGCAACGUCUUGCGUGUGGGACUGGUACUGUGCACCCACUGCCUUUUUGACAAGAUCCACAUCUCCAAACCGACAGCCAUGCUGAUCGCCGACUGCCCGGAAUUCGCCACGGAACUCCGCCAGCCGCCCAUUACCCGCCACACCGACCUGGCCACCUUCUGGCUGUACAGCACCGACAUCAGUAUCCUGGCGGAGAUUAUCGACGAGACCCUGGCCGAGGCGGACGGUCCCCCGGGGGCGGUGGCCGUGGAGAUCCACCAUCCGCCGGGCGACAGCGGGGAACCGGCGUUCGUGCCGCAUCCCCUCCCGCCCGACGACUGAGUCGGUGGAUGUCCGAGUGGAAGGCCAAAAACCUUGAAAAAAAUAAAGAAAAUUUAUCGAGAUGGCUGCGUCUCGGUUAUAUAAUAAAUUUUGGGGAUAUUCUCCGGCUGUGUUAUUUAAUUUUCUAUACGCUGGUUUGUUUGAUUGGCGCUGAUAUGUACGUAUCUCGUUUACUUCGGUGUUUUUUCUAAAGCACGCUGAACUAUAUGUUUUUUUCUAUGCUUGGUCAGAUCGGCUGCAGUCUUUCUCUGUAUGUGUACUUGGUGAAAUAUAUUAUGCAAUACGCGUUCUAAUCAAAACGCUUAUGCAACGUGCAGAUUCUAAUCUUUCGGUUUUUUACUGUAUUUGUGUAUGACCUCGA